AUGGCGACAUCAUCUCUAAGGAUUGAGAUACCCUCUCCAAAACUCACACCCAAACCGGAACCCGUUGAUGAGGAGCUCUCCGAUAUGCAGCUUGAUAAUUCUGACAGGCGCCGGUCUUCCACUGCAACUCCAGUUGAUGAAGCAUACUAUGCAGCAACCUCCGAGUCCCCACUAUUUGAUGCCCUCCCUUCCGCCGGUCUAACUUACAGCCAAGAAUAUGAUGAUGCAACUUCGGAAUCAGUCAUUAUCGGUCUACGAGAGAAGGGUGUUGUAGUGUCAGCGCCGAGGUGUCAUGAUGCACAUAGAAGCCCCAUUUUCGACGAAAAGCGGUUUGAAUAUUCCUGUGGUGGAAAAUACGAAUUUGACGAGGACAAAUAUGACGUGGUUUUCAUUAAAAUGCCUAGCUCCAAGGAUCCAGUAGUAGACACUUAUCAGAUUUCGAACGGUCGUGAUGAGCGGUGGCAUGACGUGCUUUUGGGCGGACCAUGUCUCCAGGCCCACGCCCAAAAACCUUCAUUGAGACAUGUACGAUCUGCGAAAAAUCCGUUGGAAUGCUAUGCCGCUCUAAGAGUCGGAGCUCCUUCUCCGUUGCCCGCAAGCUUGGAGGAGACUUUCAAAUCUAUUGGGGAGCGCCACAUCCAGAUAUUAUCGUCAUCAUUUUUCUCCCGCAAUCCUCGCUUCAUUGAAAUGGUUAGCGCACGAUAUAACGAAUUAAAGGAGUUUUGUGAUAAAACUCUCCUUGACGCGCCCAAAGAAAUCACCUCUUUAUACUCCGGUGCAGCGGCCAUUGUGCUUCUAAGAUCUGCUUUGGAGGUUGACGGCAUUUGGGACGUGGGAAGAGAAGCGGUGGUACAUGGUAUUAAAGUUCAACAAACUCCUCGACGAAACAGCGGACGAUAA